CCUGCGGGGCGGGGAGCGGGGGCGGCUCUCUGCAGCGGAGCGGCCUGCAGCGGGUGCGGGGCAGGUGCAGGAGCAGGGACGGACACGCGGAAAGGGGUGAUGUCCAAGGUGGCAGCGAGCGAGAGCCAGGCAGCCAGCUGGCAAGAGCCUUGUGAGGGUGGCUCCAGGAGGAGAAGCUGGGGGCUGCUGGUCACUGCUGGUGUUGGUGGGGCCUUGGUGGCACUCUAUGCGGUGGCUACUCCUUUCGUGACCCCAGCGCUGAGGAAAGUGUGCCUACCCUUCGUCCCUGCAACUUCCACGCAGGUCCAGAACGUGCUGAGAAUGUUAGAGAACAGAAGUGGCUCCCUAGUUGACAUUGGUAGUGGGGAUGGCCGCAUUGUAAUAGCAGCUGCAAAAAGGGGAUUCAAAGCUGUUGGUUAUGAAUUAAAUCCCUGGCUAGUCUGGUACUCCAGAUACCGUGCCUGGAGAGAUGGGGUACAUCAGAACACCAAAUUUUAUAUUUCAGACUUAUGGAAGGUUUCUUUUUCCCAUUAUACGAAUGUUGUUGUUUUUGGGGUACCUCAAAUGAUGCCACCGUUGGAGAAGAAGCUAGAAGAAGAACUUGAGUGUAAUGCCAGAAUCAUUGCCUGUCGUUUUCCUUUCCCUUGCUGGAUCCCAGAUCAUACUACUGGAGAGGGAAUAGACACUGUGUGGGCCUAUGAUUUGAAACAUUCUAGAGGACGUGAAACAAAGAUCUUGGAAGUUACACCAGAGACAGAAUUCUAAGCAUCUAAAUUAUUUUUGUAUUGAGAUUUUUGGCUUUGACUUCAUCUGUAAAGAUAAAAUAAACUUUAAUAGAACCUUGGGGUAUGGAGAUACAUAUUCACUAAAGUAACUGAAGCACACUGGUUGUCUGAAAGCACAAAAAGGUUAGUGAAAGGUGUAGUUAAAUGGCUUAAUGUAGUCGGUAAAAAUUAUGAGAAAAUUUUAUAGAAGUGGAAAACUUUAAUAUGGAAAAUGGGAUAAAAAAUUAUUCACCGCUGUUACGGAGAAUAUAUGUAUAAGUUAAAAUGUUCCAAUUGAUAAACUUAA